UACACGAGCUUGUUAGAAGUUUGAUUUGAUAGACUGUCAUAUCAUAGCAUUGCCAGCGCCAUUGAAGACGGUCAGACCCUCUGGAACUUGAAACACCCUCAGCCCUUACAGCCCUCACCAGCUACAGAUUAAAGAUGGGUUCAGGUCGUUUUUCUCUUAUUCUCCAUAACAUCUACUCGACUCUUUUUCGACCACACAUGCCUUAUCCAAACGACAUUUUUGGCAUAUUCCAGGAGGGCGUCAUCGGGCCUAUGGGACCUGAGUCAUGGGAGCGGCAGCUUUGCUUAGACGAUAGGUCCACAAAUUGUUAUAUCGACCACAUCGUGUUUUGUAAAUGCAAAGACGACAAGAAACACGAAUUCUUGUUGAUUUCCGUUUGCUACCCGGACCCAAACAUCACGGCCAAGGCACUUGUGGUCGUCGACCGUUCACCCUCCGCUCCGUCACCCAACUCGUCUGUUCAUACCCCUCUAGGCUCUGCCAUUGUGUCACCGUCAGUCUCCGAUACUCCUGCCCAUGAUCGUAUUGUCAUCACCAAAGAAGACGAUAAAACGGAGUUGACUAAACCGUAUAAACCAUACAGGGAGCUCUGUACCCUUACAUUCUCCGAGUCUUGUCCCUCCAAUAUCACCGGAAAUUAUUUAUCGCCUUCUGUUCGGCAGCUAUGCAUCCUGUUGAAAGUCAUCAACAAACACGCCCCGCUCUACAAUCUUUAUGAGCACCAGUGCUACUGGUUUGCGAAUACCGUGUUUGACACGUUGAAGAAACUAUUUCCAAAUGCAGAGGAGAAGUGUAGUUCACACGACAUGCGCGGCAACUAUCACGGGUUGAAAUUCGACCAUCGUAACAGUAUAGAGACGAUAUCUGAAGAAUAUGACAGGGCAUGGAGUGAGGCGUGUGACAGGGUGAGGGAGGAACAGAGAAAACGAGAAGAAAGUCGACGUAAAUUGAUUCAAACUGGGAGAGACGAAGGUAAUGCGGAACGAGAGCAACUCAAGGCUGAAAGUGCGCGCCGCGACGCUGAAAGACUGGCUGAAAUAGCCCAGCUCAAAGCCAGACUACGUGAAUACGAAGACUGUCAGCCUGACAAUGCGGCGGCCCCGGCCUGAAGAAGGGAUGUCAAGUUUGUUCUCGUAGCCAGGAAGACAGCAAAGCUGUCAAACAUGCCAUAUCUUUCCUAUUAUUUAUUUUCAAUAUUUUAGUACACUGUUUCAGGUGUAGGUACCGUGCCAGGCCUCUAGUGUAGUUAAAUCAUCGCGACGGUUCGAAAGCGGGUAGUUUGAUAGUGCCACUUAGACUCCCAUGCUGCUAUGUUAUAACGAUCCCCAGAUAGUUGCCAAAUGUUUAUGGAGGAUGUCGCUGCGAAUAAUGACAAAGAAAUCUAUAAUCAUG